AUGAGUAAAAUCAUCCAAUUUCCACCUGAUGCGUCAUUUAGAUGCAUACUCGAAGUAUGCAUUGAGCUCUACGCGUCAGCCAAGGCUCAGUUCGAUUUUGCUAUCCUUUCGGGCAAGACUGAAGCCUUCUUGCGAGCCUUGAAGGAUAGGUUGUUUGCCGCAUUGGCGCAAACUCCGUUGCGUAGCCCUAGGCCCUGGUCAGAAGAGCUUUCAGGCGCUAAUACAGCCUACGAAUAUGCUCGAAUUCCGAAGCGAUUCUUGAUUAUGCGAGAGUCGAGUAGUCGCAUGACAGAAGCUGUGCGACUCUUGCUAGCUCACAUGUCUUCUGCUAUACCGAUGUACCAUAUCAAGAUUAUCGUUCGCGAGGAUGGCCACGCUGAAGUGAAUCGUCUGUUGGCAACUCCUCUCUUCUCCUUUCCAUCAGCAAACAUAGAAGUGAUCUCUUUGUCACGAGAACAUGAAGAGUGGGGAACGGCCGACGUGCUUCGACAUUACGCCACAAAGAUAACGGUAAGCAACGUGACUAUUCAUCUUUGCAAAUGCUUAGAAAUGGCUUCAGCUGCCACUUUAACAUAA